UGCCACAAUUCUAUAAAAAAUUACUAAUAGAAAUCACGCUUUUUGUCUCGAUGGUCACUCUGGCGGGUCACUUGUCUGUGAACUUUUGGGAGCGUCAUGUUGUUCAAAAUAAACUUUCUGAUAUGAAAAACAGCUUGGAUCAUCUAAAGGUAACAGUUCAUAACAUGGGAUACGCCUACGACGACUUACAGCGAGACCUGUUAGAUUUAGCAAGAAUCAAUUUCAAACCCUCCAUAACUUCACGAGAAUCUAAAACAGAAUCUUGUAAGAGAAAAAGAGGACUGGAUCAUAAAAUACUGGAACAUUUGAAUGUUCUCCUUGAUAAAGUUAAUGUAAAUCAGAAUUUAGUCGCUGAUCAAAAGCCUGAGAGCAUACAGGUAUCGAAUAGAGACUUAGCUAAAAACGCAACGACAGUCACAAGGUUUCCAUUCAAAGCAACUGCAGUGGGGCCCGGACGUACAACCGUGUUCAAAGAAAGACCUGAUGAAAACGAAUGCAUAUACAACUGUAGGACAAAAAAUAGCUUGCGCAAAUGCAAAGAAGAUUGUGAAAGUAGUAACUUAUACCAGAAGUUUUAA